CAUCCUUUCACUUCACUUCUUCUUUACUUCAGAUUUUUCUUUCCUUAUUUUAUUUUAAAAUAUUUUUAAAUUUUUAGUUUAUUUUUAAAUUAAAAUUUUGAAUUCAAUUUAAUUGAAAAACUUACUUCAAAAUCAAAAAUGAAGAAAGAUAAAGAUCUAGAAAUAGUUGAAAAAUUUAUGAAAGAAAUAGAUCUUCCAGAUUGGUUUCGGGGCCUGUCCGAAUUUCAACGAAAAGCUGCUGAUUCCCUGUUCCAUUGUAUUCGAGAUGAUUGUGAACAAGCAACUUCCCAUCGAGUAUGGGAUACCCUUCGAAGAAUCGGUAUCGAACCCCUAGUUGGAUAUUCAGAAAUUAAGUUCAUCUUCGAACUUUGCGGUGGAAAUGAUAUAGCAUUCUUAUGGUUUCUAAUGGAGAUGUACUAUCGCAGUGAACGGUUUAAUUGUAAUGGAAAGAAAUAUUCGGUUAAUGAACAAAUUAUCAUCACUGUUAUAGCUUAUCUGGAUACGGUAACAACAUUAAGAGAAUUAGAUAAAUUGCUUCCAAAGAACCUAGAAACAAAAACUAAAAAAAAGAAGAGGUUUUCUUUGAGAAAGAGAAAAUCAACGACCUUAUUAGGGAUUCCUUAUUUUCAAAAGCAACCAAGACCCCAUUUGUAUGGCAAGAGUCUUAUUUUGAAUGAGCUUGAUACUGUUACAAAUUUUUCGGAGUUGGGAAAUUAUCUUGAUCCACACUAUACAGUUUCCAAUGAAGCCAAUCGUUGGUUUGCUAAAUAUGAACUCGGGAAGAGUGAAAGAAUUGCUAAGGGGAUUAUAAAUAAUGAAAUUGAUACUAUCUUCGAGGAGGAGAGAUCCCAAGAACAUCAAAAAGAUCAUAAAUUAAGUCUAUGUGAGCAUCAUAAGACCGUUCAAGCAAUUAAAGAGACUUUGGCAAAUGAACAAAUUGUCGCUAAAAGAAAGGCUUGUGAAAAAUACUUUGAUGUUAAGCGACAUUUCAAAAAUUUAUCCUAUAAAAGGGUUAUUGAAGAUCUCAACUCUGAAAUUAACAAAACUGCUGAAGAUUUGGAAAAUAGCAAACAACAGGUUGGAGGAGGUAUUGAUGUCCCUGAAAAAGAUCAAGUUCCACAAGAAGCCAACGACGAAAACUUGAGUUUAUAUAAUUUUGGACAUGAUGCUGCCAUAAGCUCGAAAUGCAUUUACUUCAAAGGUCCCAAAACAAAUAAACCAUAUAAAUUCAAUUAUCAUAAAAUAUUCGAUUAUGGAGUUAAAAAUCCUAUCAAAGAUGCAGUAGAAUUGGCCUUGGAUGCAAAUAGCAGCGGAAACAUUUCAAUGGAACACAACCGAGCAAUAAAAAAAUGUUGCAAAGCUAUGUGGGCUCAGGCAGUUAAGAAUUUUAAUGACAAAUACAAGAAAGAUCAAAAAUCAGAUCAGGUUGAAAUAAAAGAAGACAAAAUUCUAUUCGAUCAGACCCCGCGUCACAUUGAUCCUCGUGAUAAUAAACUUAUACAAUCGAUACUUUUAAAAGCUUUAAACGAAAUUAAGAAAAAUAAGAAAUUUGUUUUAGCUUCUCUUCCCGAUGCCCAUAAAUAUCCAACUCUCAGAGAAUGGGUUAGAAAACGCUAUGGAAUGGCAUACACAAGGGAAGAGAAACGAAAGGCUUUUCAGCGAACGAAAAGAGUCUUUCAAGUCUUACGAAAUAAUACACUUCGUGUUCGAAUACCACAUGUGAAUGAUCUGUCUGAAAAACGCAUAGUUUCCUAUGGCUGCAGGGAGUAUCUUAUUAAAAAGACGAAUUACUUGAGGGCCAUCUAUGAAGAUAAUUUCAAAGAAAGUCUUCUUAAUGAUGCACGUACUUAUUAUGUGGCUAUAAGACCAUAUCAUUGUACGAAAGGACCACCAAGAAAUGUAUUUUUUUCUUAUCUACCACCAAGGAAGAAUGAUGUUCACACAUUUAGACCAUGGCAUAAUUGGGAGUACAUUCAUGCCCAAGAAGAAUGGAAUAGGAGGCAAAGAAUUAAGAAAGCCGAAGUUUUUUAGUGAAGAGAAUUGAUACUUUUAAUUAGCUGUGUUUAAUUAAAAUUUGUCCUUGAAGCAAUGCUUAGUUAGUAUUUCGCUCAGGCAUUAGAAGCUAA